AUGCCUGUGGAGAACGAAACCACCGGCCGACCCGUUGAUCACGCUCGCCUUUCCAGCUCUUCUGUCACGAGGCCGUCCUCCGUUGCUACGUCUGCCAAGGAGCGUCUUCGCUUGAGCCGCGGCGCAGCCCCCGUCGUCUCGACGCCCGCCCACUCCGUCACGUCGCCGACUGAACAGCCGUCGUCACCGACCUCGUCAUCCUCCUCGCUCUUCUCGUCUGUGGCCAGCCACUCUUCCUUUUCGACCACCUACCAGCCGGUCCCGGCGUGGAUUGCCUCCGAAAUCAGCCGGAAUGUGCUAGCACCCACGCACGAGUUCCCUGGUUACACCGCUGUUGCUGGCGCGGCGGGUUGUUCUGCAAGAGGUGGCGCAUGUUGCGGCGGCGGUGCAUCCGGAGGACUCGCCGACGCCGACACACCCCGUUCUGUCAGCUCGCCUUCGCAUCCCCCCUGCCCGCACCCUUCUUCCUUGUUCCGGCCAAGAAGUUACUCGAUGGCCAUGCAACCGUAUCUGGCAUCUGCACCCGCCGCCGGGCUCCCUGACAGCCGUGCUGCCGUUGAUAUACCGGAGCAGCGAGCGUCUCUGCGGUCCAAAAUCAUCACACCCUCCGACUUCAACGGGGAAACCAGCAGCAUCCCCGGCCUAGGCGCUCUUGACGAUGAAGACGGGCAAAAAGGACAAAACGGGCAAAACAGAGACAACGGGCAAGGCGAAUUCCAAGACGACGUCUCCGCGGCAGACGGUCUUCUCACAGCGGCCGCCAAGACUGGCCGUCUGCGAGAUGAGCCCGAGAACGAAGUAGUACGGAAGCAAUUUCUCGCCAAAGGCAAUGUAAGUCAGGGCACCAUGGCGAACGGCGAAUGCAAAUCGACUCAGUCCAGCAGCCCGGCAACCUCGGCCUCAGGAACUCCGCAAAUUCCGCAGCCGGCUUCCUUCCUAUCACAGAAUGCCGAUCUCGUUGAGCUACUCAACCAAGACGAUCGGCCGACGUUCCUCGUCGAUGCCUGCGCCACGGACAGCGAACAGAUGGACAAGCCGUGGGCGGUCGUCUUCGCCAACACCGCCCUCAAGGCAUUACCGUCUAUCCUAGUCAAGCUGUCCAGCACCGAUCACGAUGACGCCUUGUCACAGUUCAAGAAUUGGGCGCUGCGAUUGACGCCAGAGUCCGCCGCCCUGAACCAAGACCCUGCUUCGUUCGCUGGUUGGCGGUGGAGUGCAUCUACUCUCCGGCGGCGCUUCCGUGUCAUUCGGGGCCUCGGCUUCGAAGCACCAGUACCUCCAUCACAGCCUUCUCCUCUGGUAGGAAGCAGUACCACUGCGACCAUAGCCGCCGCAGGUGAGCCUGACCUACCGGCCCAGAAGAGCCCUCCGCAAGAUGAGGCCAUCUCUCUGCCGUCUUUGACUGCCGGUGACGACUGUUCUUCAACGGCGGCACCAACCGCCAUCGAUCUCGGCGCCAGCCUGGUCCCGUUCCCGCCCCUCGAAGAUGUGAAGCAGUCUUUUGAUUGGACACGUAUUGCCGUGACCGACGACAUGCCAGCGCACAUUCGGUUUGCCAGAUCUAUCGACUGGGCUUCCACACCUCUGGGGCCGAUUGAGCACUGGCCAAGUGACCUCCGCACCAUGGCCAACCUCGUCGUGGCAAGCCCGCAUCCGGCUGCAAUGUACUGGGGCCCGUCAUUCACGGUGAUCUACAACGAGGCAUAUACCUCGCUGGCUGGCCAGAAACACCCGCAGUUGAUGGGCUCGCCUUUCGCCCAAAGUUGGUCCGAGAUUUGGGACGACUUGAAGCCCUUCUUUGACAGCGCCUGGAAUGCCGGCCAGGCUGUCUUGAAGCAGGACAACCACCUGUUCAUCAACCGCCAUGGGUUCUGCGAAGAGACCUUCUUCGACUGGUCCCUUGUGCCCAUGGUUGGCAGCGACGGCUCGGUUGUGGGCCUGUUCAACCCCGCCUUUGAAAACACCCGGCGGAAGGUCAAUGAACGGCGCAUGUUGACUCUGAACGAUGUGGGCGAGAAGACGGCUACGGCACAAACCAUUCCCGGCUUUUGGCAGGCGGCCCGAGAGGGUCUGGAGGACAACGAGUACGACGUGCCCUUUGCGCUCAUCUACUCCGUCGUCCGCACCAACAACGACAACAACAACGACAACAACGACAACAACGAGAGCCAAGUGUCGUCGACCACACCGGGCACUCUGCCCAAUCCGCCCCAGGUUGUGCUGGAGGGCUCGCUUGGCGUACCGCACGACCAUCCAGCCGCUGUGCACUCGCUGGAUCUUCGCACCAGCGAGGACGGCUUUGCACCGUAUAUGCGUCAGUCCAUGUCGGGUUCCACCACCAGCGCACCGUCGUCCACCGUGCUUCCGCCGGUCGUUUUGUCCAUCGAGAACGGCACGCUUCCCACCGAGCUCCUAGCCGGUCUGCACGGCGACCGGGGCUUCGGCGAUCCGUGCCGCACCGUCGUCGUCAUUCCCGUGCAGCACCUUACCGUCACGUCCGACUCCACAGCCUCCUCCUCAUCCAUUUCGGGCUUCAUUGUCAUGGGCACGAACCCGAGGCUGUCGUACAACCGGGACUACCGCUUGUUCGUGCACCUGCUGGCACGCCAGCUGACAACAUCGCUGGCGUCCGUGGUGCUGUAUGAAGAAGAAGUGCGCCGCAGCCAGUGGGCAGCGCGCAGAGCGGCACAGGAUCGCCAGGAGCUCUCCCACCAGCUCCAGAUCCGAACCCAACAGGCCGUCGACAGCCAAAACCGAUUCAUGCGCAUGGCCGAAUUUACGCCUGUCGGCAUGUUUGUCACCGACAACACGGGCCGGAUCACAUACUGCAACGACAUGUGGUGGAAGAUUUCGCGCCACCCACGACAGGAUGUCGCUGCGUCAUCACCUCCAUCCAGCUCCCUCACCCCCGUCCAAGUCGCUGCACCCCUCAACAACGACGCCUCGUCCGUUUGGGGCACCUGGAUGGACAGCGUGCAGGACGAGGACCAGCCAGGACUUGCCGUGGUCUGGAACCGACUUGUCAACGAUAAAUGCAAUGUCACGCACGAGUUCCGGUUCAAGGAGAAGACGACCAUCCAGACCGAGGGUGCGGAACCCAUCGAGACAACCACUUGGGUUCUGCUGCGCGCAUACCCGGAAAAGGACGAUCAGGGUAAUCUCAAGGGCAUUUUUGGGUGCAUCACCGACAUUUCCCAGCAGAAGCUGGCGGAAGAGUUCCAGAUUCAGCUCCGCAAAGAAGCCGUAGAGCAUAAGCGCCAGCAGGAGAACUUUAUUGACAUCACGAGCCACGAGAUGCGAAAUCCCCUUAGUGCCAUCUUGCAGACCGUCGACGAGAUCACGAACACGGUCAACGAGCUCAGGCGUCUGGCGGCCAACGGGAGUACGACCGAGUUCAACCGCGCAUUCGACAACAUCCAGGAAGCCAGCAGCACCAUCACGCUCUGCACCAAUCAUCAAAAGCGAAUUGUCGACGACGUGCUCACACUCUCCAAGCUAGAUUCCCAGCUGCUGCCCGUGACCCCCGUCGAUGUGCAGCCGGUCAUGGUGGUCCGCGGCACACUAAAGAUGUUCGAAGCGGAGCUCCUGGCCCACGACAUCAACUGCACCUUCCGCAUUCAACCCUCGUACCUGGACCUAGUCGGCGUCGGGAACUGGCUGAGGCUUGAUCCGUCGCGGCUGAACCAGGUCCUCAUCAACCUGUUGACCAACGCCAUCAAGUUCACACAGUCCUGCGAGCAGCGCUCCAUUGUUGUCUCCCUCGCGGCAUCCGACGGCCAAUGCGACCCUGCCGAAAAUGACGUCUCAAGCUCCAUCGCCGACGUCUCCUACUUGCCCAGUCGACAGGACACUCCCGGAAUCGCCGAUGGUGCCGACUGGGGCAACGGCCAGUUGAUCAACCUUCACGUCGCCGUGUCCGACACAGGCAACGGGCUGGAGGACGACGAAAAGAACGAGUUAUUCCAGCACUUCUUGCAGACGUCGCCCCGGACGCAUGUUCAGUACGGCGGUUCGGGCCUGGGCCUCUACAUCUCUCGCAACCUUACAGAAUUGCAGGGCGGCCAGAUCGGCGUGGCGUCGAAGAAGGACGAGGGCAGCACAUUUGCGUUUUACGUCAAGUCGAGGAAAGUUCCGUCCACCCCAGCCGGUGUUCAGCCCGGUGCAUCGGACAUUUCCGCCAUCGUCUCUGGUUCACAGUCCGCGACGGACGCUUCUGCUGUCGUUGCCUACACGUCCAAUCGCCUCAAGGAUGGCUCCGGGAAUUGCACCUGUAGCACAACCGUAGCGUCAACGGCCACCGUCCUGCCCCAGCUCCCAUCGCCGCCACUGAUGGUCGAGUCACCGUUUUGGCCUCUGGCGGCGACAGAACCGCGCUCCCACCAAUGCCCUUCCAGGGACGAGGCUCAGGCCGCUCCCACGCCUAUCAUCAGCAACGCUGCUAUCUCCUCUCUUACCAAGCGUUCUGCCGACGACACAAAUAGAGCAUCGGACGUCUCGCCGACACUGGAUGUGCUCAUCGUGGAGGACAACAUUGUCAACCAGAGGGUACUGCAGCGCCAGCUCGACAAAUGUGGAAACCGGACAAUGGUAGCCAACCACGGUGGCGAAGCGCUGGAAAUUCUGCUCCAGGCUGCGUCUUUUGGAAAGGCGAAUUCAGACAGCGGCAGUGCUGCCGGGGACGAGCCUGCAUCCAGUGUCAAGGGGCAACCCGAAGCGACAAGGGUGCCGUCGGCAUUGGCUCCCGCGAGCGCCGCCAUGGCACCCUCGGCUUCCUCCUCGGGCUUGCGGCCGCUUGGUUCAUAUGUCUCCAUCGUUCUUCUGGAUCUAGAAAUGCCCGUCAUGGACGGCAUGACCUGUGCGCGGGCCAUCCGUGCUCUGGAGCGGAGCGGCACGCUUCCAGGCCAUGUUCCCGUCAUCGCGGUCACAGCCUACGCCCGGUCGGAACAGAUUGAGGCGGCCCUGGCAGCCGGUAUCGACGACGUUAUCUCCAAGCCGUUCCGCCUAGCGCAGCUGACGCCCAAGAUUCAGGAAUUGGUGGCCAAGUACCCUGUUGCUCUGCGUCCUCUUGCAGAGACUGCAAACUAG